UUUCCGCUGGCGCGCGGUGAAACUUCCCAAGUUCCAACGGACUUCCUUCUAGAAGAAAAGCUGACGCCAGCAGACUUGUUCGACUACUAUUUACUAGAAGCCUUUCCCAGUCCCCCUCUUUGAUUUUCAGGGAUUAAAAAGCCUUGAACCCCUUUUUUGAUCCGAAUCAUAACGACGACGAAGACUCCCUCACCGAGAGAUGGCCAAACGGUGUGGAUUGACAUUGACGGCGUUUUUGGUUCUGGGUUUGUUUUUCUCUUGCUGUUUCUCUGAAACCAAUCACCCGCAGACGAAUAAGAAGUCGGCCCACUUGGACAGCUUUGGUUCUUCUGCCGUUUUCCCUCUUCACGGAAAUGUCUAUCCUCUUGGCUACUACUCUGUGUCCCUCAGCAUAGGCAACCCAGGCAAGCGUUUCGACCUUGAUAUUGACACUGGUAGUGAUCUCACAUGGGUCCAAUGUGAUGCUCCCUGUACUGGCUGUACCAAGCCCCGCGAGCAUCUUUAUAAACCCAAAAACAACCUUGUCCAAUGUGAAGACCCUCUUUGCGCGGCAUUUCACUCACCGGCAAGUUUCCCGUGUAACAACCCAAGUGACCAAUGCGACUAUGAGGUUGAAUAUGCUGAUCAAGGUUCAUCUCUGGGUGUGCUGGUCAAGGAUUACUUUCCCCUGAAAUUCACCAAUGGCUCUCAACUUGGUCCUCGUUUGGCCUUUGGGUGUGGAUAUGAUCAAAAACAUUCUGGUCUAAGCAUGCCCUCCACCACUGGAGUUCUUGGCCUUGGUACUGGCAAAGCAAGCAUUGUGUCACAAUUAAGUCGCUUGGGUUUAACUAGAAAUGUGGUUGGUCACUGUCUAAGCAGCCAAGGAGGAUUUCUAUUCUUUGGGAAUGAUCUUGUCCCUUCUUCAGGAGUCAUGUGGACUCCAAUGUCACGUAACGUAAAUCACUACUCAUCCGGACCAGCAGAACUUGUCUUUAAUGGAAAGCCCACUGGUGUGAAGGCCCUUAACUUCGUUUUUGACAGUGGGAGCUCCUACACUUACUUCAAUUCCAAAGCUUAUGAGGCAUUAGUUAAACUGGUGAGAAACGAUUUGAAAGGAAAGCCUCUGAAGGACGCAACUGAAGACAAAUCACUGCCAAUUUGCUGGAAAGGCAGCAAACCUUUUAAAUCUGUUCACGAUGCACAGAACUAUUUCAAACCCUUAGCACUGAGCUUUACUAAUGUCAAGAAUGUUCAGCUGCAUAUAUCACCUGAAGCUUAUCUCAUAGUUUCACAAUAUGGCAAUGUGUGCUUGGGAAUAUUGAACGGCUCUGAAGUAGGACUGGAAAGUACGAACAUCAUCGGAGAUAUUACUUUGCUAGAUAAAAUUUUGAUAUAUGACAAUGAAAACCAGCGAAUUGGAUGGGCUCCAGCAAAUUGCAAUAGGCUUCCCAAUGUAGAUCGGAAUAUUGUGGAGGUGUUUCCCAGCGUUAUGUAGCCAAUUUGGAAGAGUUUUGUCCUGCUUUUGCUUCUGAUGAUCAGUAAUGCCAUGUACAAAGAAGUCUCCAAUCCAAAAAGUAAAUGCAGAAAUCUCUAUGCAGGAUUUUUGUAGCAGAUACAUGUUGCAACUUUUUGAUCUCUAGUGUUGCAAUAUAGUUGAUAUAUAUUACAAGCAGGCAAAGCUGUCGUUGGUUGUAUAUGUCUUUUGGGCCUGAUUGCCUGUACUAGAAGUUACAAGCUGGGAAAUGUAAGUGGGUAAAUCCCAAUAGAUAAUAAAUACAUGCAGUGAUGCAACAUAUAUUAUAA